UGAGUCUCAGAAGUCGUUCCGUUAUUAUCAUGUCAAACAAGCCUAAAGUGGAGGAAUGGGAAAAAAACUGGGAAGCAUGGAAAGUGAAAUUUGACAAAAAGUAUGAUAGCGCCGAAGAAGAGGAGAGACGGCAUAACAUUUGGUUGCAGAACAAGGCGAAGAUUGAAGAACAUAACAAAUUAGCAGAUGCCGGGGAAUCUACAUAUUAUCAGGGUGUUAACCAAUUUGCUGACAGGGCCGAAGAUGAACCUGUAUGCGGCUGUCAGCAUGGUGGACUUAAAUAACCUUGAACGAGGAUCCAGGUCAACUCAAAUAAAUUUCUAAUCGACAGUCUUCCUAUUUUUUU